AAGAGGGAAAGAACGAAGAAAAGCCAGAGAGAGCAUCACGAAAGUCACGACUUAAAACGUUUCCAAGCAUUUUUAAAACUUAACAAACUCAACCAGACUCAGCCCCAACGCUGACGCAUUCAAUAAUUCGUUAUGUGCCAGCUUCUACCGAUCGACUCCCUAUCAUAAAAGGUACCUAACCUACUUAACCUAGUUAAUAACUAACACUUGUUGUUAUUCAAUUUCGGAUAAUCGGAUCAUACCUAUAAAACAGACAUUGCGAUUGCAAUAUCUCAACCUCCCGCCAAGUUUUUAUUUAUAUUAAGAUCCAGCCCGUUCCCAUAGUUGAGCCUUGAGUUGGCAGACAAACUCUAGACAAAGUCCCUCGAUACGAGGUGGCUUGAUUGAAUAAACUUCACUGCGCCGGGCUUGUACCAGCACCUCACCAACAUUAUUUUCACCUGUCAAUUGCCCUCGCCGUAAUAAAAAUAAUUUACGCCUAUUGGCAGAAUUCCUUUUUCUUAUAUCAUUAGCCCAUUCGUCCACAUACAGUUGAGCGCUCAGCCGAAUUACAUUACACACGCUACGAAGCAUGGAGGAGUAUGUCGAGGCUCGUUCACUGGCCUCGCUUAAUUACCUGGCCGCCAACCCGCCUCAGUAUCCAAAGAAGCCAAACGAAGAAAAGCAGCAUCCGAUCACUCUGUACAUUUCGAGAGUACCCGGCACGAGGGACAUUAUUCUCUCAACUUUAAAGCCUCAGGUUAAGAACGUUACGGCAGAAGAUGUGGCCAGUUCAUUAUACUAUGUUCACCUGAACACACCCGAGGAUGAUGCUCUUACCCCUCGCAGCCAGCCAAAGCCUUCAUCGUCUCCUAGAACGAGCGGUGAGAGCUCAAGGUCGGGCAAUCAGAUCCAAAGAAAACCUGUACCGGGAACUUCAAGUCUUGCCUCGUCGCGAGCAGAUGAAUACGUUCAGUUCCCUCCCUCCGGAAAGGAGAACCAAGCCGGUGCCGGCUCGGCGCAGCUUCCGAUCCGAACUGCAAUUCAUCAACCUGGUUCAUCCGCUCCUUUGUCCGAGCGGCCCCCACAGUCUCAAUUCGCAACCCCGACGAGCCCCAUACAACGAAAACCCCUGGUGUUUCGCCCGGGUAAUCUAGAUCCUUCGGAAAGGAGCCUACCACCGCCACCAGUCUCUAAUCAACCACCUAACUAUCAAGCUGCAUCAAAUGUUGAUGCAACCCCACCGUUACCACCACGGCCUAGUGCCCAGCCAACAUUACAGCAGCUCACUGACAAAUAUGCUUCUUCGUAUAUCGAUGGCCGAUCUCCAUCGCCCAAAUCGCCCCCUAGACCUUUUACUCCCUUUUCGUUAACCCUCAUAAGAAGAGAUCCUAGUUCAGGCCAACAAUGGAAUGUUGGAAAGAUAGAUUCCUUCCAACUAGAGAAUCCUGAGCUCAUUAGCGACGACAGGCACCACCAACCGUCUCCCUCGAUUAGCAUACACUUGGAGACCUCUGGCUAUGCUAAGUUUCGAGGUAUGCCCACUCACCCGCCAGCGGAUAUAAGAUCCAGUCUUGAUAUACGCCCUGGGAGCGCAUCGUCUGGAUCACGACUCCAACGACUUGAUGUUUAUGGAUCGAACUCGAAUACUUUUGAACGCCAAGUUAUGAUGUCGUAUUCGAAAUCUUUUGCCACCAAUUUGCGUGAAAAGUUCCAUAAUCGCAGUCGCUCGGAAGAAGAGCGGCUAGGUUUACCUAGCAAUCAGGUCCAGCACGCGCGUCAUAGUAGCCAAGGGUCUAUAGCCUCGUUCGGCACAGACUUCGACGGCGGCGAUGCUCCUGUCAUUACCCAGCCUGCUCCAGGCCUUAAAGCCCGGGGUUACGUAUUUUAUAGUCCAUGGGGUGGUCGUUGCGAAUUCGUGACCGGGAACGCUGGACGCAGUCUCAGAUGUAAUCAUAUCCUACCCACAUACGGCGGCGGCGUUUCCAACCCACUCGUAGAUGGACACGAGUCAGGGCAUGGAGGCCACAAGGCAAGAGGGCAGCCAAUCAGCGAGUUGAGAUUCAACUUGCCCAGCAGCGAAUUAUUCGCCGAGAAGCGAUCUACCGAAGGGGGUGCUAGGGCUAGGGAUCAAAUACAAAGUCAAUUCAACAAGAUGUUCCAUGGUCUCGAACACGAUGAAGACGGCGAAUGGCACCUUGACCUUAGCCUGGGCAGGGAAAAGGCAGGCGGCGGCAACCGAGGCAAGAGAGCUAAGAUGGGAAAGUUGAUCAUAUUUGACGAGGGCAUUAAGAUGCUGGAUCUUGCCGUGGCAGCUAAUGUUGGAGUUUGGUGGACCUCGUGGGAGCGAACGUAUUGAUUGUCAUUCGACACUGUUACCAACUCGUACCAUAAUCAUCAUGGCAACGGUAACGGUGAGUGCAGUUGCUGAGAAUAGGGCAACGGCAGGGAGUCAAGGGCUAACGAGACUGUUCGGGGCGAUAAAACAUAGACCGGCUUGCAUGAGAUACCAGAGGCGUACGUAGGAUCGAUUCUUGGGAGGAAGUUGUUGCAUUAUGUUCAAGCAAGCCAGCGUUAAAUAAGUCAAUGAGAAAUAAGGGAUCGUGAUAAGGUAUGGCGGACAUAUAGCCUAUACUAUAAUAUGGCUUCAAGCCAGCUCCCAGCUUUUCUGAAUACAUCUAAUUCCGCCUACUAUUUGGUGGUUAGGACAAU